CCCGAUUCCCGUUAGCAAAGGCUUUAUGAAUGUUUCGGUAGAAGGGAACAGAGGUUUGUGCGGUAAUGUUAACGGAUUGCCGCGAUGUAGAUCAAUAACGCAAACCCGAAAUCGAAACCAUAAACUUGUGCUUUUGAUUUCCCUUUCACUUCUUGGAGCGUUUUUAUUUUGUGGUCUUUCGGGAAUUUUCAUCUUUUAUUGGAGAAAGAAAAGGCCAUCGAUGGACGAUGAAGAUAAAAAUGGCGAAGAUUUCUUUUCGAUUUCUACUUUUGAUGGAAGGAAGACUUACAAUCAAAUCCUGAAGGCAACCGGGGAGUUCAAUGGAGCGUAUUGCAUCGGAAAAGGAGGAUGCGGAAGUGUAUACAAAGCGAAGAUGGCAUCGGGUGAAACAGUUGCGGUGAAGAGACUUCAUUCGUCCUCAGAAAUGGUGAAUCGUGUUGAUUUUCUUAACGAAGUUAGGGCAUUGACGAGAAUAAGACACCGAAACAUCGUGAAACUUCAUGGUUACUGUUCGCACGCUCAAAACUCGCUUCUGGUUUACGAGUAUCUUGAAGGGGGUAGUUUGGUUGAAAGCUUAAACAACGACGAAGUUGCUCAAGCUUUCGAUUGGAACAAGAGGGUGAACGUUAUUAAAGGUGUUGCUCAUGCUUUAUCUUACAUGCACCAUGAUUGUUCACCCCCAAUUGUUCAUCGAGACAUAUCGAGCAAAAAUAUUUUGCUCGAUUCGGAAUGUGAAGCGUGUGUUUCGGACUUUGGCACGUCCAAGAUUUUGAAUCUCGAGUCAUCUAACUGGAGUAACCUUGCCGGAACGUAUGGAUACCUUGCACCAGAACUUGGUUGUUCAAUGAAGGUAACAGAAAAGUGUGAUGUUUAUAGCUUCGGGGUUCUAACGUUAGAAGUGAUAAAAGGAGAGCAUCCAGGCGAUAUCAUUACUUUUCUAUCGUCUCCAUCGACAAAAAAUAUGGAGCUCAGGGAUUUGUUGGAUCAUCGUCUUGUGGUUCCAAGCCUAGAAAUGAAGAAACUUAUAACAUCCAUUUUGAUCAUAGCAAUAAGAUGCGUGAAUUCGAACACAGAAAUAAGGCCUACCAUGUAUGAUGUUUCCCAGAAAAUUACAUGUUUUAUCUCUGACAUAUGAUAAAAU